AUGGAUGUUAUUAUAGACACCUCCAAAUUUUUGGGAAAAUUUCUAUAUUACUUUUUAGAAUCUUUGUCUUACAAAAUAAUUCCCAAGAGAAAAAAAAAUGUUGCUGGAGAGAUUGUACUUAUAACCGGAUCUGGAAGUGGACUUGGGAGGCUAUUGGCUAUGCAUUUUGCUAGUCUUGGAGCCACUUUGGUCCUAUGGGACAUUAAUGAAGAAGGCAAUAUGGAGACAUGUAGACUGGCCAAAGGAAAGGGCCGUGCGAAAGUAUUUGCCUAUAAGUGUGACUGUAGCAACAGAGAAGAGGUCUACAGAGUUGCUGAUCAGGUUAAAAAUGAAGUUGGUGAUGUGACCAUCCUCAUUAACAACGCCGGUGUUGUAACAGGAAAGUCCUUCCUCGAUACUCCAGAUCAUAUGGUGGAAAGAUCAUUUUUUGUAAAUGCCUUGUCUCAUUUCUGGACUUGCAAGGCCUUCCUUCCUGCCAUGAUUAAAGCUAACCAUGGCCACUUGGUAUGUAUUUCAAGCAUAGCCGGAAUGGUUGGUGUUAACAGUCUAGUAGAUUAUUCUGCAAGUAAAUUUGCAGCCUUUGGUUUGGCUGAGUCUCUCUUCCUUGAAUUAGGCAUACAAAACAAAACUGAAAUCAAAACCACCAUUGUAUGCCCAUAUUUCAUCAAAACUGGAAUGUUUGAAGGCUGUACAACCAAGUAUCCAUUUAUACUACCUUUACUGGAGCAGGACUACGUGGCCAAAAAAAUCUUAAAUGCUAUUUUAGAGGAACAAGUUUACUUAAUUAUACCCAAAUUUGCAUAUUUCGCAUUUCUCCUCAAACAAAUAAUAUCUCCAAAAAUGAUGAUUGUCCUUAGUGAGUACCUUGGAGUGGAUACUUGCAUGUCUUCUUUCAAAGGGAGAGAAAAAGAGAAUGAACUUGAGACUGAAACUGAGAGAGAACACCAAUAG